AUGGAGCGUCCACAUAUUGAAACCAGCGAUUCCGCAGGCUCAGGCUCCUCUGCAGAUUCACAAGACUUUGUUCAACAUUUAAGCCCUGAUGCUGCACACGAUGUGCAUCCCGAUGCCUUUCUUCCCAUCGACCCUCGGCCUCAAAUGAAUAGUAUGAAUUCAAGCAUACGAAGUCGAGGCAGCAAUCCGGAAACAAAUGGUGCAAUAUAUGGUCGCGAAACUGCCUUCAGUAACCCACAACAAACUCCAUUGAAUGGCGCAACGGCCAGAUCUCAAAGGCCCACGGCACCAGCCCGAACUCCUUCGAGUACGUACGCGCCUGCGCGCAGACCUCCACAGGCUCCAUACAUGUCAAUCUCGGAUCGCCAUCGAUCUGGCUCAACCUCCUCAAGAUUUAAUAGACAGGAUCCCAGUGGCGCAUAUCGUGCGCAAGAAAGGGCUUACGUACAACGGUUAAGGCAAAAUGAGCCGUUCGAAUAUUUUGAACCUUAUACCCCAAGUCUUGGAUAUGGAACAGGAUCAGAUACCGAGGAGGAAUCACCAUCAGAGCUACAAUUCGAUGCCGACCCAUUCGACCAAGAGACCGUACUUUUCUACAACAAUGAUGACAUACAACCGACAGCAGAAGAUUUGAAAGAUCCCGCAAACAGAGAACGUCUGGAAUGGCAUGGGAUGUUAGCCUCUGUACUGACGGGAGACGUGGUCAGGCAGGAGAAGAAACGUCUGAUUGGCAAUUCAGAAAAUAAAGCAGAGAAUAUUGGAACUGAGAUCUGGCUCGGGAUACGAUCGAAAAUAUGCGGAAGAAGUUUAGGAGCCCAACGACGGAUACUAGAAGAUACAAGGGCUAAUCUCGAUACCGUCUUGGAGGAGAUUAUUAAAUUUCAGGUCCAAGGUGAGAGUGAGGCUGGAAAGUCACCCAUCGAUCAAGUAAGGGACAUAGUCGCGAAAAUUGAGAAGUGUGAAAGUCUAUACCCAUCUCGCACUGGCUUAGAAAUGGCGAACAAAUUGGCGGCGUCGACGCAAUUCGCUGCCACUUGCGAUGCUGUCAUAUCAUGGCAUAAUACUACCGAACUCAUCAACAUUGAGCUUGCUAUCCUACAAAACUGGGUAGGGAAUCCGGAACUCGACUUUAACAAAGUGAGACAGCGCUCGCCCUCAGGGCAUGGACUUUCCGACGAAUCAUCGUUCAUUGAUAGGUUGCUCAAGGAGGAUGGGUUGAGAUCUUUGCAGGGUGAUAAAAGCAUACUUCUCGGUGUCUCUGAGGUCAUCAUGAAAGCUAAGAAUACACUUAUUGAGAACUCAGAGGGGUUCGCUAAACGUCAUUUACCUCCUUACAUCGAAGAAUUACUCACACUCAUAAACUUUCCUUCACGCCUUAUCGAAGAGAUCAUCAAGGUUCGGCUACAGUAUGCCAAAAAGAUGCGAGAUUCCACUCAACAAAACGCCAUGAUGGCUGAGCAAAUGAUUUCACAGUUCAGAAUAUUACUCAAACUUGCCAUACUGAUUAAGCAGGAGUACCUAACCAUAUCAAAUCCUGAGCCUGGGUGGGAUUUACCACCUUGUAUUGAUGAGUCUUUUGAUCAGGUAGUCCUGGAUGCGCUCAAGUUUUACUUCAAGAUGCUCAAUUGGAAACUUGGUGGAAACAAAAACACUUUCAAAGAAGCGGAAGUUCUUGAGCAAGAAUGGGACUUUUCUAAUGAGAUCGGACGACAUCUACAAGGUGGUGAUGUUGAGGUUGCCGAGCAGUUUAGUUCUCUGACCCACAAGGCCUUCUUUCGUCUGAAUACCACUUUUGAAAAAGAAAUGGUGAGAAAACCAAAGGAAACAGCUGCCGAGAUGACAAAGCGUUAUAAGCAAAGUCUAGACUCCGUUCGUGUGCGACAGCGUAUGUUACAACGAUUCUCCAGGGUUCUGAGUGAUCGUUUCGAAAACUCGACGGAUUUCAGCAUUGCUAUGAAGCAGAGUGGCUUGCAAGAACUGUACUCGAGACUUAUUGAAACUGGUCACUUUUUAGUUUAUACUGCGAGCAUCGAGCACGAUGGUAUUUUCCUCAUAGCCUCUCCUUCUUUGUACAACCGACCUCAGGACAUCCAAUCCAUCCUAGGGACUUGCUAUCACACCGAAGAUGUACAAGAAGAUACUAGCAACCCUUACAUAUUAGUUCUUCGCCCCGAAGUCCCAAUAGGAUGGGAUGGUCGUCAAGUUGAUUCGGCUUUGAUAAACAUCAACAUCGAUUUGAAAGUGGGACAUCUUAGACUUAUCGCAGAUGGGUCACAAGCCAGAUUAUCAAAUGCUCGUUUGGCAUUCUUAGACUCCAUCGGCUUACAUCUAGAUAUGGUGGUUGAACAAAGAUCACAUCUCAAGAAAGUUCACAUCAAAUUGACUGACAUUAAGAAAGUCGUGUAUAAAUUAUCGAAUCUGAUCAUGGACAGUGUAGAAAUUGUCCGAAAACAAACACAAGGGCUGGAAUGUCAAGAACUUAUCCAAACCUGUUUCAUUUUCGCUACUGAGUUUGGUCAAAGAUCUUUACCUUACAUGGAUCGAAACCGAAAACAAAUGAACAACAUCAAGCUCACAAAGAUUGCCCUGGAUUGGGUGAGCUUCAUUUGCGAUGACUGUGUUCCGACUGAUCGUAAAACUUUCAGAUGGGCGGUUCUUGCACUUGAAUUUGCCAUGGGUAUGACCCAAGGUCAGCAUAUAUUAGCGCUCGGAGAAGACGAGUAUACAAGGCUUCGAUCGAAAGUCUCGGGAUGUAUGUCUCUAUUGAUUUCACAUUUCGAUAUCAUGGGCGCAAAAUCAAACCUGGCCGCUCAAGCAGAGAAACAGCGGGUGGAAACAUUGAAUGGCCAGUUUAGGAAGAUGGACAUUAGGGCAAUGGCUGACGAUGAGGAAUCGGCGGCAUUUGUUCUUAACCAACGCCUUGAAUUGAUAGCUGAUCUUGAUGAAGAACGAAAGGUCAUAGAGGCAGAAAGGCAAGCCCUUGGCAGAGUUCUUGAAGAGAAUAAUGAAGCAGAUCGAUCUCUCACACAUCUCUCUGCUUCUCCAUCCAAUAUCAAUAUGCGCUGGCAACAAGGAAAUUUCGUUGGUGGCGGUACCUUUGGAUCAGUGUACGCUGCGAUCAAUCUGGACUCGGGUCAUCUUAUGGCUGUGAAAGAAAUUCGUUUGCAAGACCCUAAUCUUAUUCCCACAAUUGCCGCUCAAAUAUCAGAUGAGAUGCACGUCUUGGAGGUUCUCGAUCAUCCCAACGUCGUUUCAUAUCACGGUAUCGAAGUUCAUCGCGACAAAGUCUAUAUUUUCAUGGAGUACUGUUCUGGUGGGUCACUUGCAGGUCUUUUGGAGCAUGGGAGAAUCGAGGAUGAACAGGUUAUAAUGGUAUAUGCUUUGCAACUUCUGGAAGGUUUGGCAUAUCUUCACGAAAGCGGUAUUGUUCAUCGUGACAUUAAACCAGAAAAUAUUCUCCUUGAUCACAACGGCGUGAUCAAAUAUGUGGAUUUUGGUGCCGCAAAGGUUAUUGCUCGUCAAGGUAAAACCCUCGUUGCCGCGACUACGGCUACCCUCGCCAACAGAAAUAAAUCCAUGACUGGUACCCCUAUGUACAUGUCACCUGAAGUAAUCAAAGGAGAGAAUCCAGGACGAGCUGGUUCAGUCGAUAUCUGGUCACUCGGCUGCGUUAUUCUUGAAAUGGCUACAGGUCGCCGUCCCUGGACGUCUCUCGACAACGAAUGGGCCAUCAUGUACAAUAUUGCCCAAGGCAACCCUCCUCAAAUGCCAUCACCAGAUCAACUCAGUCCACAAGGUAUUGAUUUCAUUAAGAAAUGCUUCAUUAGAGACCCCAAAAAACGUGCUUCGGCGCCGGAGCUUUUGCAACAUGAAUGGAUUGUUGCGAUUAAGAACCAAGUUUCCAUUGAACCACAAACACCAAGCGAUAGUGGAAGCUCUCAGUCCAGUGCUAGGGGAAGUUUUAUGAAUUGA